AUGGAUAGAAAUCAAUAUCCGCAUACAAUAUUUAUUGUUUGUGGAACACAAGCAGAAAAAUCUGAUCGAAAUAGUGUUAUGGUUGUCAAAAUGUCAAAUUUAACUAAAACUUUAAAAGAAAAAACAUCAGAAUCAGAUGAAGAUGACAAUGAUGAUGAUGAAGAAGAAGAAGAUACGAAACCAGAAUUUGAAUCAGUUUCUUUAAAACAUAUUGGUGGUAUUAAUCGUAUAAGAUCAACAGUUAUUAAUGAUCGUAAAAUAGCAGCAACAUGGUCCGAUACAGGCAAAGUUCAUAUAUGGGAUUUAAGUCGAUUACUUCAUGCUGUUAAUGAUUCAUCUGUUAUGGCUACUUAUGUUCGUAAUCAAGAAUCACCUAAACCAUUAUUUACAUUUAAUGGACAUAUGAAUGAAGGUUUUGCUAUGGAUUGGUCACCAACGGUACCAGGGAUGUUAGCAACAGGUGAUUGUUCAAAAAAUAUUCAUAUAUGGAAACCAAAUGAAACAGAAUGGGUUGUUGAUCAAAGACCUUAUGUUGGCCAUACAUCAUCAGUUGAAGAUAUUCAGUGGUCACCAAAUGAACAGAGUGUUUUUACUUCGUGUAGUGUUGAUCGAAGUAUUCGUGUAUGGGAUAUUCGUGCUAUGCCAUCAAAAGCUUGUAUGUUAACAGAAACUGAUGCACAUACAUCUGAUGUUAAUGUUGUUAGUUGGAAUAAGCAUGAACCAUUUCUUAUAUCUGGUGGUGAUGAUGGUUAUAUUAAAGUUUGGGAUUUAAGACAAUUGUCUAAACAAACACCAGUAGCUUCAUUUAAACAUCAUCAUUCAUCAAUAACAAGUGUUCAAUGGCAUCAUAUAGAUUCAAGUGUAUUUGCUGCAGCUGGAGCUGAUAAUCAAAUAACAUUAUGGGAUUUAGCUGUCGAAAAAGAUGAUGAAGAAAAUAAAGAACAAACAGCUAAUAAUAAUAAGAAUAAUCAAUUAGAAAAUUUACCGGAUCAAUUACUGUUUAUUCAUAUGGGACAAACAGAUAUAAAAGAAGUUCAUUGGCAUAGACAAAUACCUGGAUUAUUAAUUAGUACUGCUCUAUCCGGUUUUAACAUCUUUAAAACGAUCAGUGCUUAA